AUGCUGAUGUAUAGCGUCGCACAAAGGCUUGAUCCCGCCACUCGGAAAGCGUGGAAACUAAAGGGUGGGGAUGACGCGCGAAUCCCAACAUUCAGCGAACUCGACCGAUUCCUCGAUUCUCGUGCUCGCGCGCUCGAAGAAUUGCAUCCCGCGAAUGUAGACAAACAAGCUCGCGCGCAGAAGGCGACCAACGCUACAGCAUCGGGAGCUUCUUCAAUUUCGUGUCCGCUUUGUAAAGCAUCUCACUUCCUACACAAAUGUCAAGUCUUUCUGAAGAAGAAUCCGAGUCAACGAUUGGAAGCAGUAAAAAAGGCGAAUCGCUGUGUAAAUUGCCUAAGCGACAAACACGCCGUACAAUUAUGUCAAAGCAAAUAUUCGUGCCGAACAUGUCGCAAAAGGCAUCAUUCGAUGUUGCACGUCGACUCGGACACUUCUACCACGAAAGAUACUUCCACCGCGAAAGAUACGCCUGCCGCGGAAAAUACUUCUGUCGCGACCGCAUCGAUCCACGAUGCCGCGCCCAUCACGACAUUAUUCUCGAGCGCGAAAGUGUCGUCGAUGCCUCCCGUGUUGCUCGCGACGGCAAGAGUAAGAGUCGGGUUUCCCUCCGAAUCUCCGAACGGUCGUACUCGCGUCGUUCGAGCGCUUCUCGAUCAAGGAUCAGAGAUGACCUUUAUUACCGAACGAUUGAGGCAAGGCUUAAGAUUGCGUCGCGUUAGAAUGCCUGUCUCGAACUCCGCAAUCGGAGGCGUCGACGCCGGAACAUGUCGAUACGCGGCCGAAAUUCAGAUCUCGCCGAUCGGCCAAACUUCUCUCGCGUUCAAGACCACUGCGUCCGUCAUGACAAACUUAACGAAAUACACUCCGUCGCCCGUAACGUCGCCCGUCCAAUGGAGCCAUGUAGCCGAUCUCGCGCUCGCGGAUGCGGAUCCUACGAAUUCGGACCCCAUUGACAUACUCAUCGGUGCCGACCUGUACGGCGAUUUGCUGCUCGACGGCAUUCGAAAGGGCUCCCGCAGUCAACCCCUCGCGCAGAAUACCGUUCUCGGUUGGGUGCUGUCCGGCCCCGCGGCUGACCCACAAGCUCGUCCUCGAACAGUCACGACUCAGCAUUGUUCUAAUACCCCGUCUCUCGACGAGGAACUCCGACGCUUCUGGGAAAUCGAAAAAAUCCCUCGCGCCAUUCCACUGAGUCCGGAGGAGCAACAGUGCGAAGAUCACUUCCUCGCCACUCAUUGGCGCCGCUCCGACGGACGAUACGUGAUUCGCUUUCCGUUCAAAACCGGUCCCCCAAUCGAGAUCGGUAAUUCUUAUCACUCAGCCGAGCGACAGUUGAGAGGUCUUGAACGCAGAUUAAACGCCGAUGAGAGAGUAGCGACGGAAUACCGCGCCUUUAUGGAGGAGUACGAGCGACUCGGGCAUAUGAAGCGUGUACCGCACGACGCAGACGCGUCAUCUCAACACGUUUACAUUCCGCAUCACCCCGUGAUUCGCGAAAGUAGCACCACUACUCGGUUACGGGUCGUUUUUAACGCGUCGAAUCCAACGAGCAGCGGCACGUCGCUGAAUGACCACUUGCUAACCGGGCAAAAGUUGCAGACCGACUUAGCUGCCAUUCUACUAAGAUGGAUGCUACCUCGAUACGUGUACUCCGCGACAUUACAAAAAUGUAUCGUCAAAUCGAAAUCGAUCCUCGUGACGUCAACUAUCAGCGAAUCCUAUGGGUGGGUCACGCCCGUGACAAUAAACGCAAAGAUCUUUCUGCAACAACUCUGGCAGGCGAAAGUGGAAUGGGACGAAGCCAUCGCGGACGACCUUUUCGCGCAGUGGAAGACGACUCACGCAUCCCUGGCGACGAUCAAUGGUCUUCACGUAGACCGAUGGGUACGAUACGGUUCCGACACGGCGAACUGCGAACUUCACGGCUUCUGCGACGCUUCCACCACCGCGUUCGCGGCCGCAGUUUAUAUUCGCGUCACCUCCGUGACAGGCGAGACCACUUCCAGGCUGCUCAUCGCCAAGUCAAAGGUCGCUCUGAUCAAAUCCUUAAGUAUUCCUCGGUUGGAAUUAUCUGCUGCCGUUUUAUUGGCUUGGCUGCUAGAAUUCGUGCGAUCAUCGCUACAACUGACUACCAUACCUUGCUUCUGCUGGACGGACGCUCUCGUCGUGCUAGCAUGGGUGACUCAACACCCUUCAAAGUGGAAAACUUUCGUUGCUAAUCGCGUCUCAGAGAUACAAUCCCGCGUCCCGUUCGCUACCUGGAGACACGUGCCAACCGAAGACAAUCCGGCCGACUGCGCUUCUCGCGGCAUUCUUGGAUGCCAUCUCGCGUCCCACCAUUUGUGGUGGCAGGGGCCUUCGUGGCUGAGACGUCCUACGAUUGAGUGGCCCGCUCAACGCGAACCGUCGUCUCCCGAUACGACGCUCGAGCAGAAUCCGCGCGUCACCACGCACAUAGUAAAGCCGGUCGAAAAGUGGGACUUAGCGGCACGAUACUUGUCGUGGCCGAAAUUAAUUCGAAUCACCGCUUAUAUCCUUCGGUUCGCAUCUCGAACUCGCCGUAUCAAAACUAACGUCAUCGAGGCGAGUCCGCUCGCUCUCUUCGCGGACGAGUGCCGAUUGGCACGAGUAUUUUGGCUCAGACGAAUCCAAGAGGAAGAGUUUCCCGGGGAACGAGAAGCGCUCUUGAGCUAA